CGGGAAUAUUGAUUUUCUUGAGAUAUCGGCGAGAGCCAAGCUGUAGCUGUCAGCUUGUUUCUCUGUUCAAUUCUCUCAGUUGAAAUAUUCCAAUGUGCUCUAACUAUUUGAAACAUGGAGGAUGAAGAUUGCUAUUUGGUAGGGCUCAGUUGGUAAGGGACCAGUGGGUCGAACCGUUAGCCAUGGAUGUUCGUGACAGAUUCUUUCAGACUGAAAGCAAGCGAGUGCCAGAAAAAGAAGAUUUGAUUCAACGCCAGCAAGCAGCCACGGUCCCGAUAAACAACUCAAGAGAUCGCUGGUCCCAUUUGACUGAUGUGACAAGACCGCUGAUACAGUCGAGGAGUUUGAUGUUUGUAACCAGACGUACGCUCGGUGAUUUGUAUAGCCAACAUUUGGCGCUAUUGACGAUGGAUGUCAGUUGCUGAUAAAAAUAAAUGCUGCUGUUUGAUGCAUCUCUCGGCGCACACAAAAACUUGCGCCAACUUUCGACGUUAAAUUUAAAUGAUGUCAAACUUAUAAUAAUGUUUCCACGCCCUUCUCGUUUUCUGCGGAUGUUAAUAUUUGUAUCUGUGUUCAUAUUUCUAAUCAUAUCAAUGUAUAUUUUUACUUCAAAAUUUGGCGAUCAACAGAAAGUAAAUAGUAUGUAUGAGCGCCAUUACAAGUUGUCAACAUUUGAAGACAUUUGCGGUUUUUCGAAAUCUCACCAAGAUGUUGAUCCGUCAAACUCAUCUAACAACGAAAAGGACCAGACACCAGUUUUACAGACGAUACACGAAGUUAGUUUUGAUAAACAAGUUCAAAUGAAAUUAGAAAACCACCAGACGAGUAAACAUGACAAGUUUAGUUUUGAGUUCACUGGUCAAAUAGUAAACCCCCAUUCGUUCUCGUACAUUCAUAAUCCUGUUUCCUUAUGCCGCUCGCCCACCGUGAGGUUUCUUAUUUACAUCCAUUCAUCGCCAAACAAUUUAAAGAAACGUCAGGCCAUCCGACAAACCUGGGGUCAGCCUAAAAUACUUUUAUUGUACAAAGCUUUCAUGGUCUUCAUUUUAGGCCGCGCCACUGACCCCGCUGUCCAGGAGCUUGUGGAUAUGGAGGCAGCGCAUUAUGGGGACAUUGUCCAGGAGGAUUUUGUUGAUUCUUAUAGGAAUCUCACGUACAAAGGGGUCGCUGGCUUGAAAUGGGCGUCUUUGUUUUGUAACCAAUCAGACUUUCUUUUGAAGACAGACGACGAUAUUCUAAUAGAUAUCGUUACCCUCAUCGAAGAUCUGUACACUAGAGUCAUUCCUAUCAGACACAGCACGGGCAGACUGGUGCUAUGUAAUCUGUGGACAAGGAUGAAGGUCAUCCGAGACCCCAAAUCCAAAUGGUUUAUUUCAAGGGAAGAAUUUUCCGGCGAAUAUUUCCCUCCCUACUGCUCAGGGUCUGCUUUUUUACUGAGCUCGGAGUUGGCGCCGGCUCUAUACACGGCGGCGCUUCAUACCCCUUUCUUUUGGGUCGAUGAUUAUUACAUCACAGGCCUGUUGGUCAGCAAACUACGAGUACAGCAUACACGGUACAAUACAGCUUAUUCACUCAAUUAUAACAACGCCGAGGAGAAACUAAAGAACAAUUCCAGAGAACUCAUUGUCUUUCAUACAAAAAAAUUAAACGUAUUUCUCAAACUCUGGCCAGUGAUUGUACAAAGACAUGAAGGGAUGGAUGCCUAUUUACAACAAAUACCAAUCAGUACUUUUUCGAAAGGAAGGUCAGCUAAGGCAAAGACAUCGGUAACAGGCUGCAUUCAAAAGAAAGAAUAUUUACCACAAACUACAUUGAAUGGACCGAAAUCUGGACCAUCUUAUGGUUUUAGCACCUGAUAGAGAAAAUGGUCCGACCAUUACUGUUUGGAAGAGAACCCUUUUUAGUAAGGUACCAUGCUGGUGUGUCGAAUCAAAAAUAUUAUUGUGCUAUGGGGCUGCUAACGCUUGGUGAUUAAAACCAGAAGUUUCUUGUUUAAAUUGUGUUUACUGAACGCCAAUAGUUCUAAAUCUCUGAAUCCCAUAGAGAGCUCAAAUUCUAAUAGAGCCAAGACCUUAGGUGUAUCUAAUCAUUUCAUAUUCUAAUAGAGCCAGGACCUUAGGUGUAUCUAACCAUUUCAUAUUCUAAUAGAGCAAGGACCUUAGGUGUAUCUAACCAUUUCAUAUUCUAAUAGAGCCAGGACCUUAGGUGUAUCUAAUCAUUUCAUAUUCUAAUAGAGCCAGGACCUUAGGUGUAUCUAAUCAUUUCAUAUUCUAAUAGAGCCAGGACCUUAGGUGUAUCUAACCAUUUCAUAUUCUAAUAGAGCAAGGACCUUAGGUGUAUCUAACCAUUUCAUAUUCUAAUAGAACCAGGACCUUAGGAGUUAAGUUCUCUUAAAAUUUGACCAAUAACUCAAAAAGAUUUCACCAUUUUCUGAGUUGUAAGAACAGCAGUAUUGUGAUUGAAUGUUUCUAUUGAUAUUUUAGUGUUUCUUGGUAUUGUAUUGUUAACUCGGAUUAUUUGUAAUGUAGAAACUGCACACCAACGCUCCCCCUCCCCCUUUCUCUGGGUCAGAAUU